GGGGGGGGAUGUCAGAAAGCUGCAGUGGUACAGGGGUGUGUCGUUCCAACUGUCGUCUAGUUGAGAGUCAGUUCGUGGUAGGGUUGCGCUGGGACGGUCGUGAAUCGUGAUAACAGUUUGUGAGGUUUAUUCGUGGGUUUGGUGAUCGUGACGAGUCACGAAGGUACGCGUGACGUGACGCGUGACACGGAAGGUGGUUUGUGGAUUAGUGACGUAAAGUGUAACUGAGUGCGUCACGAAGUGUAAAAAGUGAUGACGGAAGCUGUGUGACACAUCAUGAUAACGCUGCGGCAAAGUGACUCAUGAGGGACUUCUGAAGGUGCCGACUGUGAUUUGGCGUACAUCGUGCAUAAACCUUAAGUGUAAAAAGCUUCUUUUAAUCUGUCGACUUCUGAGGUGCUAGCGGAGUCCUAGAGCGGCCUCCGUGGCUGAGAGGAAAGACUCGAAUCGUCUAUGAACUCUUCUCAUCAUCCGAGCAUCUCCUCACCCAGCCAUGAAGCGUCUUCUUCUCUACACCCUCGCCUUCACUUCCCUCGCCUGGACGGCGGCCCAGCUCUGCUAUGAUGCAGCCGGAAACAGCUUCGCCGGAAAUGACGUCGCCUACUUCCUCGAUCAGAGGUUCAACUGCACGAUCAUGAUAUGUAGAAAUGGAACGCCGCAGGUGCUGAAGCAGUUGUGUGAGAGGGAGCUGAAUGAGACGAUGAUACAGGGAAUGAAGCCGACCAAGACGACGACCAUGCCUACAGGUAGCUGCGUACCCCUUCACGAAUGCCCGGAGGCUGUGGACCAGGCUCUGAUAUUCUGUUCUCUACCGUCCGGGGACCAGGGAGUCGUCUGUUCCGCUGAUAACGACAUUACUGACUUUAUACCGCAUGAGGAGUACCCCGAUCUCCAGGAGGAAACCCUCCAGAUAAUCGCCCGUUCCGCGCUCCCCCGAGCCGCCAAACAGAUUCUGACUAGUCUACCGGAGGAGACAGCGGACGGAAGAUCGGAGACGGAGGCGGCGCUGGAGGAGGCCGUCCAAUCAGCGUCGCGAGCGACCCGAGAAGCAGUGGUUCAGGCCGCCGAUGACUACGUGGAUAAGAUGGCUAACUCGACCGAUCAACUGCUGGCCACUGGACAGCUGCCACCGCCUACCACGACUACUCAUGUCUUCAACCUCAACUUCCGUUUCGACCCCAAAGUACAGCGGAUCGCUCUAGAGGCGGUCAGGGAUCUGAGCACAUCGACAUUCUUCCUCAGCACCAGACCACAGUCGUCGGAAGGCACCUCAGAAUCGUCCACCAAAACAACCUCCCGACCGACAUCCCGACCCACAAGCCCUCCCUCCUCUUCCCCAUCCAAAUCCGCAUCCUAUCCACCGAGGUCCACAUCAAGUCAGUCAGGAUUCAUAGCCCCGGGCUAUUCCUCAUCUAGAACGGGUGGCGCCGCGGGCAGUGGAGAAGACUCUACGCAGGCUGGUGGAGACCGAGAGUCUACCGUGGUUCGGUUUCCGAGGGUAAAUCAGACGUGCACUGCCCUGGAGCCUCCACCAUGCGAUCACUCUGCCAUCUAUCGGUCCUCCGAUGGAAGCUGUAAUAACCUCCGGCAGCCGCUGUGGGGGCGCCGCCGUACUCCGUUCAGAAGGAUAUUCCAGAACACAUACUCCGAUGGAAUAUUCUCCCCGACGUCGAGCCCCACGCUGCCCAACGCGCGUCUGCUCAGCGAGACUCUGAUGGACUACGAGUCCGUGGCGGCCCAACAGAGAACUCUGGCAGUGAUGACCUGGGGUCAGUUCAUGGACCAUGACCUGGCACACACGCCCAUCUUCCAGCUCGACGACGGACACGGUAUCGAAUGCUGUUCAAAACGCAACUCACCACCUCCAGAAACCCCCGUCCAUCUCCAAUGUCUACCCAUCACCGUCCGACAAGCUGACGCGUUCUACGGACCACAUCAAGAGCGGUGUAUGAAUUUUGUGAGGAGUGUCCCUUCUACCAGACCGGCUUGUGGGCUGGGACCGGCGAAUCAGCUGAACGAUCUCACACACUGGAUUGACUGUUCGCAGGUAUACGGCAGCGACGCCUCCGAACAGCGAAAACUCCGUACAUUCUCUGGUGGACUCCUCCGUACCGGUCCUGGUGACCUCCUACCGCGGGAGGUGCCGGUGGUUACUGGUGAUGGAGACGGGGAGACGACGAGCUGCCGGGGAAACGUGUGCUUCAUUGCAGGCGACUCCCGCGUGAACGAGAACCCGAUGCUGACCAUGUACCACACGCUGUUCGUGAGGGAACACAACCGAAUCGCCCGACAACUGCAGCAAUACAGUCGGAACUUCACUUCCCCCGCCACGGAUGAGGAUCUCUUCCAGAGGGCGCGGAGAAUCGUGAUCGCAGAGUGGCAGCACAUUACAUACAACGAGUGGCUACCUGCGCUUCUGGGAUACAGCUACGCCGAGUCGGUCGGACUCUCCAAAACGUACGGAGACCACAGCUUCGAGUACCUAGACUUCCUUCACCCGGGUAUAUCCAACUCGUUCGCCACGGCCGGGUUCCGACUGCACUCGCUAAUCCAGGAUAUGCUGCAUUUCGUGUCGGCCUCUGGCAACACCACCACUACCGUCCCCCUACACGAAACCUUCUUCGAGCCUUCGGUACUCCUAUCUAACAUCGGUCAAACUUCCUCAACUGCUACCAUCGGCGCGAGUACCUCUUCUAGUGGGACGAGUUCAACUUCUGGGGCUGGAUCGGAUGGGACGGAUUCUUCUCUCGGCACAUCUGAUGAUGGAAAUGGCUCGAAUUCUUCUUCUGGAGGCGAUAGAACACACUCAUCUGACGGCACCAGCGGUGGGGUGGACCCAAAUGACGUCAGAAGAGAGAUCGAGUCGGCUGCGAGUCUCCAGAUAGCCCGACUGGCGCGGGGUAUCACCAAGCAGUCGCCGAGGUUACAGGAUCGACACUUCAGCGGGCAGAUCCGUGGACAGCUGUUUGCGACCGAGUGUGUGGGUCUGGACCUGGUCACGCUGAAUAUCCAGCGGGGACGGGACCACGGUCUGGCUAAAUACCCCACCGUGCUGCGCUGGUGUACCGGGGUUGCCAUCACUCGAUGGAGCGAUCUGGCCAUCGUCAUGACAUCAGAGAACGUGGCCCGUCUGAAGAAGGUAUACUCUGACUGGUCUGAGAUUGACAUGUAUGUGGGAAUCAACAUGGAACGACUGGUGCCUGGAGCGAUGCUGGGUCCGACCGCCCGCUGCCUCAUCACUGAACAGUUUGUCCGACUGAGAUUCGGCGAUCGGUUCUUCUACGACCUUGGUGGGCAGCCGGGUAGCUUCACUAAAGCACAGCUGACCCAACUCCGCCGCUCCAGUUGGUCCCGUCUUCUCUGCGAUACAGUCGGAGCCGACUUCUCAGCCAUCCAGCCUCUGGCGUUCUUCCAGCCGAACAACGUCUUCAAUCCCGUGACCGACUGUAGCUUACUGCCUGGUAUGGAUCUGAGUGUAUUUUAGAGUUAGUGACGUCAUAUAUGGUUGCCAGAUGAGUUUUUAGGGUUAAUGACGCCAUACAGUGUCACCAGAUGAGUCUCGUGUUGGUCAUGAUAUGAAGUGCUGGAAUAUUAUUUCUAGUGUCGACCUCUCUAGCGUGAAGCUGAGUCUCUUAGUGCCAAUUAUAUCACAGAGUGCUAAAAAGAGUUUCUAUUGGGGCAGGUAAGAAGUGCAGAAAUUGGCGUUAAACAUUCCUGCAAGAUUUUUCUAUGCUGAAUGGAGCUAUUUUAAAACCGCUGAUGUCGAGCAAUGCUGUUGGUUGGUUGGUUGGUUGGUUGGUUGGUUGGUUGGUUGGUUGGUGUCGAUAAACUUUUUUAGUACUGAUGACGUCAUAGAAUGUUGCCAAAGCUGAACUGUGGCAUCAGUAGUGUAUAUUUAUUAAUGGAGAGAAAGCAUGUUCUAUUGUAUGCCUUACAGAGUAUUAGAUGACAUGUAAGGGACGCUAAGGUUGUAACAGCAGCAUCAUACUCAGAUAAAUGCGAUUAACACAUAACUCAACGGCAGCAUGUAUUUUACGUAACAAAGGUGUGGUCCUAUUUCGUUUCAAUAAAUGCGUCAAUGUGAAAUAAACAUGUCUGCGCCGGGCAAGUGCAGUUUUAAUUAUGUUAAGUCUUCGAAUGGUUAUUGAACUUAUAUACAGUUGACGUUAAACGAUACAUAGAUCAACAAAUACAUUUUCUAGAGUUGAAGGAAAAUCUUGGAUGUAGGAUCUUGAUGUUUUUUUU